AUGCCACCAGAUGGUGGAUCCUUGGAGCCAGAUGCCAUCGCCGACGGAUGCUACUACAUGGAGACCGCCGACGACCAGGAUUACUCGCACGCGUGCUACUGCGCGCUGCUUUGCCAUCGCCCCGCGUCCCCGCUGCCGCUGCAAAUACGCCCGCGGGGCUGCUACUGUGUCCGGUUGCCGAGGGUUGUCGCGCUCCCGCAUCGCGCCCCCUGCUCGCUCACCGCGUGCCGCUGUCCCGCAGCCACCGCGCUCGCGCUGCCGUGCUCCCCGCUGCACCUCUCCUCUGUGCCACCCACGCUGCCCUGCGACGCCCGCUUCGCCUCGCCGUUGCCCCGUGCACGGCCUCACUCCCCUGCCGGCUGCUGCUACUGCACUUGCUCCGCGUGCUCGGUCGCAUCGCCCACGCCCGCAGCCACUCCACCGGCCGCGCCGCCCGCGACUCCGGCUCCAUCCGCUGCCGCGCCCCUGGCUGCUGCCUGCUCGCCUCGCCGCCACUCAGCGCCCGCGCAGCCUCUGCCCCGCGUCGCCCCGCUCGCCUACUCCGCGCGCCCGGCCUGCGCUGGUGCCGCCCUCCAGCGGCAUCGCCCUCCGCCGGUGCCGCCGCACCACCCACCACCGCUGCCGCCGUGGCCGGCGCCGUCGCGCCCUUCUGGGUGGGCGCCCCGUUGCCCAGGCGGGUUUGCCCGCACCCGGCUCCGCUCGGCUAAAGCCGGCGCCCGUUAG